UGGAGUCGAUCACCAGCAAAACAGAACAAGAAAAUGGGCACCGCCCUCUACCCGACGCUCUCCGCCUCUCCGCUCUCCUCGUCCAAUCCCCACUUGCCUCCUAAACCUGUCACGCCUCUGAUUCCACGCCUGACCACGAGAAGGUCUCUGCUGGCCUCUUCCGCCGCCUUCCUCUCGUCGGUGCCCCUCCUCGACCUCCCCCCUUCCGCCGCUGCUCUGCCGCCGCCGUCGUCGCCGGCCCCUUCGGCCCCGGCCUUCUUCGAGAUCCCUGGCUCUGGCGGAGUGAAGGCCCUCGACCUCCGCGUAGGUUCCGGUGAAACCCCCAUCGACGGCGAUCAGGUAUCUAUUCAUUACUAUGGAAGGUUGGCAGCAAAACAAGGAUGGCGCUUUGACUCAACCUAUGAUCACAAGGAUACGAUGGGUGAUCCUGUUCCGUUUCUAUUUGUUCUUGGAUCUGGAAAGGUUAUCUCUGGCAUUGAAGCAGCGGUGAAGUCAAUGAAGGUAGGAGGCACUCGACGUGUCAUUAUACCACCAUCACAAGGAUAUCAGAACACAUCCCAGGAACCAAUACCACCGAAUUUCUUUGAUCGGCAAAGGCUGUUUACCACCAUAUUCAACCCGACGCGCCUUGCCAAUGGAGAAGGCUCAACACUUGGCACUCUCAUAUUUGACAUAGAACUUGUUAGCUCAAGGCAUUCGUGAAGGCACCUGGCUGCCUUUUUUUUUUUUCCUAUUAUUCAUUUGGCUGACAAGUUACAGAUAACCUAUAUCGAAGUACUUAUUCCUGAGGUACUCAUCCCAUCCCUUCUUUUUCUACCUAUCCAUUACGGAGGCAUCCAAGGGUGGGUUUGGAUUGAGAUACUAUGGACACGAAUAUUCAUUGGGAUCUAACCUUGUCUUCAUGAAGGUCAGUAGUUGUCGGUUGAAGAGCAGAAGGAUUCAGAAAAGCAAGUCACUGGGAUCCAAGAGAGGGUUUGCAUCGGAUAGAAUCGAUAACAAGUUGAGGCCAAUAGUAUUUAGCAUUUGGAAUCGGGCUUACACUGUAUAUGCUACUAAUAAUUUAUGCUGUUGUGUAAACCUGAUGAUUCAUCACAAAUAAGCCACGCAAGGAAGAAGUGUCUUGGAAGCAGGGAUAGCAAGCAUUUGAGGACAUCCGAAGCACUAUUCAUACGUUUGUGAUUUCAUGUUUUCAGAUGAGAAGACGGAGAACCGUGAAGUCUUCCUCGGAUAAAGAAAAUAGCAGGAAGUCUUCCUCGGAUGCUAGCAUGCAUCUUGUUUGAUGAGGAAGAAGAGUCUGCAGGUACUGAUUCGAGACUAAAUCUAUUGAAACGCAAAACAUUGUUACCUCUGAUUUUGCAUGUUAAUUUAUAUGUAUAUAUAUUGUUUGUUCUUCUGAUUCAUUUUGUGAAAGACUGAGGAGAUCAUCGUUGGUGGUGGUAGUGAUCUUUUGUAAUCGCAUAUUGUUAGUGGAAUAUACCC